GUCCGCUCGAGCAUCCCACUCUCUUUUUUUGGAAUCGUCUUCUUUCACGCUCUUUUCGCCGUUGACCGGCUCGUCGCUCUCUUUUAUCGGCCCAUCUUCCUCUUACGACCUCGAUUUUUUCUUUCAACCUUCUUUGCAUCCUCGACCUUAUCCUUCAUCCUUCUCAUCAUCCUCAUCAUCCUCAUCAUUCAUCAUGGCUUCCUCCUUUUCUCCUAACGCCCUCUCCUCACGAUCCAUCUUCAAACGAUGUGUCAAAUGCUCCGAGUCAGCGCCGGCAUGCCCCUCUUGCGAAGAUGGCUACACUUGUACCAUGGUCAGCCAGUCUUGUGAUCAGUGUGCGACCACGAAAUGUAUUCCGACAUCUGCGAACAGCUCGAACUCCGGGGGGUGGUUCUUCAUUCGCAAGAAGCGCAAGGAGUAUGCCGAACAAGCGGCCGCCGACGGCGAAAAAUCGUCCACGGCGCCAUCGGGCUCUGCCAACCCCUCAAGAAAGUCGACCCAUUCCAUCGCUUCUACCGUCCUCACCCGCGCAUCCAACGUCAUCCAGAUCGCCUACAUCCCCGGCGUCACCAACCGAUCACCUCCGGAGACCCCGCUCGUGCCUCCAGUGCCCCCACUCCCCGGUGCUGCCCCGGAUCAGCAUUUCUUUAUGCCCGGGGACUUGCGCGACUCGUCUUGGUCCGACAUGACGACGCAGGAACGCCAAAGCAUUGCACCCAGCCUUCGCAGCAGCGUUGCCACGACAAUCUACCGCAACAACGCCAUUGUCAGCCCCAUGCCUGCGCAACAAGUCAUGCGUACUCGAGCUGCGGUCGUCAGCAUUCAUAACGGACCUAACGACCAGCCGCAGGCGGUCCAGGCGGCGCCCGACGCCCCCGCCGUUCCCGCCAUCACGCAGGCUCAACUCGCCAAGGCCAAUGCCAACAGCUCGAUCGUGGCACGGACUAUGAUGGCCAAACCGGUCAUGGUCAGGGGAUCUUCGAAGAAGAAGAACGUCAAGAAGGACGACACCAAGCCACCCGCAGUCCAGACGAUCUCCGAGCAAUCAGAGCCGAGCGCCUCGACUUCUCAAUCCUCUGCUUCUAAUAAAGCAACCGACCAAUCCGCCUCCGGGUUUGAUGCCAGCUCGUCAGAAGACGAAGACGACAAAUCCACCUCCGCCUCCAACACUGCCAAACCCAGCGAGUCAGCCCAACCUGAAUCGCAGUCGCGAGCCCCGACCGUGAUCGAGGAUUCGCCCGCCACCAACCAAGGUCCUUUCACGGACCAACCUACAGAGGCCGAUGCACGGACGUCACGAACGUCGUCUCACCUGGAGACCAACGAUGGUACCAGGUCGAAUCGCAGCAGCAGAGUCCCUCCCCCUCGCGUCGAGAGCCCAUUCUCCGACGCGAACGAGGUUAAAUAAAUAAAGUGAACAAGCAAUAUACCACUCCUUCUCUUUUUUUACAUUAUUUAUAUCUUCAUUCCUUCAUUAUAACCCCCCGGCCCGUUUUCUUUUAUUUUUGUGAUCGGCGCAAAA